UUCUUUAACAGAUUGAAACCUAAUUGCAUUUUUAAUCUUUUGUAGCAUCUUUCAGCGACUUAUACAAAUAAUUUCAGUAGGAAUAAACAAGGCAGUAGAGAUCACUGCAUCAAACUGAUCAUAGUUUAUUUUGUGGGAAAUAACGAUAAACUGUUUUUAUUGGUAUUGUUAGCAGUUGCAUGAUAAAUUAGUUGAUUUUCUAUUCUCUAGUUUUUUCGGCAGUAUAGCUGCGAUCUGCAGGUCUAGGUUGAAUCGCCUUUACUUUAUGAAGUUUUGGGAUUUUGGCUUGUUCUUUUUCAGAAAUGUAUUUAGCUUGAAUUGUAUUUUCCAGUUAGUCAGGUUCGUUUAUCUAAUUUUUUACUGUGAUUUUUGCUGGUGUCUGGAUGAUCUAUUGGCAUUGUUUAUUGAUUGCAGUAAUUUGAAAAAGCACACAUAAUGGCAGGUGUUUUCGAUAUUGAAUUGAAUGACCAUCAAACUAGUGCAGCAGUGUUGGGUGAUGAAGUGAUGGAAGAAGAUAAUGAGUAUAUCGAUGUUGAAGAUGGGCAUAUCAGUUCACCUCCACCGAGCUCAUCCUACUUGGAGGAUCCAUAUAUCGAAAAAAUUGAUUUGGAUGAAUCAACCGUUAAUCCGCCAAAUACACGCUUAGGCCCAGAAAAUUUCCAGUUGCUCAAAGUUUUGGGAAAAGGGGGAUAUGGAAAGGUAUUUCAAGUUAGGAAGAUUAAUGGAAAAGAUGAAGGGAGGAUUUUUGCGAUGAAAGUGUUGAAAAAGGCGACAAUUAUCAGAAAUCAGAAGGAUACGGCUCAUACAAAAGCAGAAAGGAAUAUUUUGGAAGCAGUAAAGAGUCCAUUUAUAUGUGACCUUCUUUACGCUUUUCAAACAGGCGGCAAAUUAUAUUUGAUUUUGGAGUAUUUAAGUGGUGGCGAAUUAUUUAUGCAUUUGGAGCGUGAAGGACUUUUCAUGGAGGACACUGCGGCAUUUUAUUUAAGUGAAAUAGUUUGUUCGUUAGAGCAUCUCCAUCGACAAGGAAUCAUUUAUCGCGAUCUGAAGCCAGAAAAUAUUUUACUUGAUAGUCGAGGACAUGUGAAAUUGACUGAUUUUGGCUUAUGCAAAGAGGCAAUCGAAGGGGACCAGAAAACGCACACAUUUUGUGGUACUAUCGAAUACAUGGCACCAGAGAUACUGAUGAGAGUUGGGCACAAUAAAGCAGUGGACUGGUGGAGUUUGGGUGCAUUGACAUAUGAUAUGCUUACUGGUGGUCCACCUUUUACAGCUGAUAACAGGAAGAAGACGAUCGAUAAAAUCUUAAAAGGACGGCUCACACUACCGUCGUUUUUGAGCAUGGAAGCACGUGAUUUGAUCAAAAGGCUGUUGAAGAGACAUGUUGAAACGAGACUUGGAGCUGGACCUGAGGAUGCUUGUGAAAUUAAACAACAUUCCUUUUUCCGGUCUUUUAAUUGGGAUUUAGUCUACGCACGGAAGUUGGAGCCACCAUAUAAGCCAAAUAUCACUUCGGAGGAUGAUGUGUCUUUAUUUGAUAGUAAAUUUACAAAGAUGACGCCAGUUGAUUCACCUUGCGAGCAGAAUAUCUCGUUGUCAGUGAAUCCAUUCGAAGGUUUCACGUAUGUUGCGCCAAGUGUUCUCGAGGAGAUGCAGAAGCCAAAAUUAACUAAAGCGCUAUCGCCAAUUAAAAAUCAGUGUUCGCCGAUAGUCUAUUCAGAUGGUGAUAUAGCGUCGAAUGUUUUAAGCAAUCGAGAAGAUGCGAUGGAUAUUACCACCACUUCACCGAAAUUCAUGUACGCCUGAAGUCGACUUUCUUUACUAAUUAUUUCAUUCUACAGAUCAGAAUUAUGGUCUGACAAUACAAAGGUGAAAUUAUAGCCUGGGAGUUCGUAGCAAGUUUCAAUAUUUUAUUUCGGACAGGAUGUCUUCUGUAAUUCGCGCCAGAAAGCUUCAGGCGUAUUCAUAUACUGCAGUGCCUUUUUCUGUCCCUUAUGAUUUUGCUAACAUUGUUUUUCUUUUAUUUUUGACGGAAUAGCGUCAUAUUUGCUCAUUUAAAUGAUUUUUUCUUUAUCUUGGUGCGAAUGUUUUUGAGCAUCUGCUGGAUUGAACUAAUGAAUUCAAUGUUGGAAUUAAUGUCAUUUUAUGGAAAUUUAUUUCUUAUUUGUACCUGAAUUUUCUGUUUAUGAUUGUUGCUGUUAAUAUUGGAGUCUUCUAUUUCAGUAGAGCUACUGAAAAGCGGUUCCGAUUUUGGUGAGGCAAAUUCAUUGAACAAUAAAUAAUUUGGAAUAUACGAAAACUUUCAUAUUAGGUAUACAUAUUUCCAUAUAAUACGAGAAGUUGUGAAGCAAUCAGUUCUGACAGUGAUGUUAAAGAAUUGCUAGUUUACGCAGUGGGGUUAUGUGCGUAUAGUUACGUGCUUGGCUUCAAACUUAACUCUUGAUAACCUGGACUUCAAUUGUUGAAACAGCAACUGGUACUUUUAAUGAACUGAUAAGUCACUUGUGGUUGUUGUUGCAGUUCCUUUUCAUCCAUUUCUCCAACAUCGUUUUUUGCUUCAGAUUUAUCCUUUCGUUCCUAUUUAGAUUUUAAUUUUUAUGCAGGAAAUGAACGAAUGAUAAAAGCCUUGAGGAAUUAUAAUAGCUCACACAAAAUGAGGAAAGUCUCACAUUACCCAGAUUUUCCAGCCACCGCAGGAAUAAGUUUAAGAUUUGUGGAUGUGAAAUGGAAUAAGCUUUGUCAUUUUGGGACACUUUUACCUAAGAAGAAAUUUAUUUCAUAAUUCAGUUUAGUUUUGGGAUUUCGGGAAUUUUGCAGUUGUUGUGACGGGAUUGCAUGUAAAGUUCCCAUGGUUUUGAUUGUAUCUAUUGCAUCACUUCGUCGUUUGUGGAUAUAUAAAUCCGUUAAUAUUUUAAUAUUUUGUGGAUGUUCGUAUUGUUUCGCAGUCAGCAACAUUUUUUUGACGUAGAGAAAAUUUGUUGAGCACUUCAAGUAAACACAUAUACUUCUUCCCUUUGUACAUCGGAUUCAUAAGAUUAAGACUUCGAAUAAAUACUUUUGAC